UGUGCUUACAUUACUCUUUAGAUCUCCCUUGAAGAGGGCUGGUAUAUUUGUGUCUGCUGGAGGUGGAAUUAACACUAAGAAGGAGAAAGAGAGUGAAGGGACUUACAGGAAGGUUUGCAAGUAAAUUCAGGAAAACACAUUGACUUGAAUAGUACAACCUUGAGUCUUGUUUUACACUAAGACGACACAAAAGAUGUUAAAGUUAUCACCAAGCUGCCGGACAAAUAUAUAUUCCAACACCAAGGUGCAGAUCAGCAUAGAUCUGUGAUUCAGAAAUCAGGAUUUAUCUUGGAAAGAGCUCAAGGGUUGAGAAGAACUCAAGAGCAAGUGAAGAUCACUGUGGGAACUACAGUUUAUUAGAAGAUCAACUUUCGUUCAUUCCAAUACCAAAGGCCUGAUUAUCAUAUAUUGAUAUAGGAAUGCAUAGGUCAUCUGAUCAAAUAAUAUUAGCCGCCUUCUGCUCCAUCCAUGCAGCAAAAGCUCUUAACAACUGUGGAUAAUUGGAAAUUCGAGUUUCAGCUUUCUUAGAAAUAACUACUCUUGACAUAUUUCAAAAUACUGAAAAUAGAGCAGGAAAAUCAGUGAGGAUGUGUGUUCAGAAAUGUCACUCUCACUUCAGAAAUGAAGAAUAGGUAAACUUGUUUUUCAGCUACUGGGAAAAUAUACCUCCUAAGAACUUAGAAUUUUUUUUUUUUUUCUUUCUGGUAAGAGGACAAGAAGGACUAAAAAUAUCAACUUUUGCUUUUGGACAAAAAUGCAUCUGACUGUAUUUUUACUUAGGGGUGUUGUGGGUUUCCUCUGGAGCUGCUGGGUUCUAGUGGGUUCUGCGAAAGGAAGUUUGGGAGACAAUCAUGUUCACUCCAGUUUUAUUUAUAGAAGACUACGGAACCACGAAAGACGGGAAAUACAGAGGGAAAUUCUCUCUAUCUUGGGUUUGCCUCACAGACCCAGACCAUUUUCACCUGGAAAACAAGCUUCCUCUGCACCUCUUUUUAUGCUGGACCUGUACAACGCCAUGGCCAGUGAGGAGAACCCCGAGGAGUUGGAGUACUCCGCGAGGGCGCCCCUGGCAGCAGACUCCCGGGGAGCCAGGAAGGGCUCCCCAGCCUCUCCCAAUGGGUACCCUCGCCGCAUCCAGCUGUCUCGAGCGUCUCCCCUGACCACCCAGAGUCCUCCGCUAGCCAGCCUACAUGAUGCCAACUUUCUGAAUGAUGCUGACAUGGUCAUGAGCUUUGUCAAUUUAGUUGAAAGAGACAAAGAUUUUUCGCACCAGCGAAGGCAUUACAAAGAAUUCCGGUUCGAUCUUACGCAGAUUCCUCACGGAGAAGCAGUGACGGCAGCAGAAUUCCGGAUAUACAAGGAUCGGAGCAACGGCCGGUUUGAAAACGAAACGAUUAAGAUUAGCAUAUAUCAGAUCAUCAAGGAAUAUGCAAAUAGGGAUGCAGAUCUAUUCUUGUUAGACACAAGGAAGACCCAAGCUCUCGAUGUGGGUUGGCUUGUCUUUGAUAUCACUGUGACCAGCAAUCAUUGGGUGAUUAAUCCACAGAACAAUUUGGGCUUACAGCUUUGUGCAGAAACAGGAGAUGGUCACAGCAUCAACGUGAAGUCGGCCGGCCUCGUGGGACGACAUGGGCCUCAGUCAAAACAGCCAUUCAUGGUGGCCUUCUUCAAGGCGAGCGAGGUGCUUCUCCGGUCUGUGAGAGCAGCCAACAAGCGAAAAAAUCAAAACCGGAAUAAAUCCAGCUCUCCUCAGGACUCCUCCAGAGUGUCCAGUGUCGGAGAUUAUAACACCAGUGAACAAAAACAAGCCUGUAAAAAGCAUGAACUCUAUGUGAGUUUCCGGGAUCUGGGGUGGCAGGACUGGAUUAUAGCGCCAGAAGGCUAUGCUGCAUUUUAUUGUGAUGGAGAGUGUUCUUUUCCACUCAAUGCUCAUAUGAAUGCUACCAACCAUGCCAUAGUUCAGACUCUGGUUCACCUGAUGUUUCCUGAUCACGUACCAAAGCCGUGUUGCGCGCCAACCAAAUUGAACGCCAUCUCUGUGUUGUACUUUGAUGACAGCUCCAACGUUAUUUUGAAAAAGUACAGAAAUAUGGUCGUGCGUUCGUGUGGUUGCCACUAAUAGUGCAUAAUAAUGGUAAUAAGAAAAAGAUCUGUAUUAAGGUUUAUGACUACAAUAAAAACUAUCCUUUCAGAUAAAAGGGGAAUUUAAUAAAAUUAGUCUGGCUCAUUUCAUCUCUCUAAUCUAUGUACAAGAGCAUGUAUAUAGUCACUUUUAUUUAUUUAAAGGUAUAUAUUCUCCUUUGUGGAUGCCUUUGCAGUAAAAUGUAUUUUAGUUCACUUCAUUAUGCAAAAAAUUGCCCAUUCUAAUUUUUCAUAGGCUAUGCUGAAUCCAAUUCAAUUUCACUUCAAUAUUUUUAAUGUAAUUUUUAUACAAUUUUCUGAAAUUAGACAGAACUCCUUUGACUGUUAAGUAUUGUUGAAGGAAGCUGAAUGCAUUUGGUUAUGCUGUGCCAAUGUAAACUGAUAGGAUAUUUAUUGAUAUUUAGAAUGAGACUUAAAAAAAUAACCACCCAAAACAAAAAUGCUUGGAGGAACACAAUUUUUCUUUGAGAGUUUCUGCUUCAUUAGAUAAAGUGAAAUGUUGAGCUGGCUUUGAGUAAAUAAACGGGAGCAGAACACAGAAGCUGAAAGAUUGCACGUAAUUGUUGUAACUGUUUGCUUGAACAGAAUUGGUUUAACUGUAGGAAAGCGUUUCUUCUUGGCUCACCGGUUGUAGAUUUUGCAAAGAGCUCAAAGCUUCAGGAAUUCUGUGGAGACAGACUUGAGCCUGUGUCCAUAAUUUUCCAAGUUAACACUAAAAAAGCGUAGUACAACCUUCUUACCUCAAAUAAAUCAUGUCUGCCUAUUAUCUAGAACACUACUGCUGCAGUUUUUGUGGGUUUUUUUUCAGAUUUAAAAACAGUCCAAAAUAAAGAAACAUUUACACGUGCUCCCCUUCCCUCCCCACAGAUGAGAGUCACUGCAUGCAUAAAAUAUACCCGAGCAAAGCGGCCGACAGAGCCGUUUUCUGUAGCUCUCUUUUAUAACUGAGUUUGCUGAUUGAUGUGAUGCAAGGGAUUUUAUUUAGGGUAAAAGCACUGAAACUCAACUGGAGGAAAUUACCCCAAAUCCCAGAAUGGCUUUGACAGAAUUGCCAUUUCGAAAGAACAGCUGAAAUCCAUUUUUCAUAUCUUGGAGAAUGAGCUCAUUGAAAACCUUAUUUUGGAGGGGGAUUUUUGUAAACCUUCCUCCAAGCACAAAUAAUUCCAAGUGGGAAGGUUCUGUUGUAUGUAUGUGCAUGUGUGUUCUUCCCUCUGAAAUUAAUUUAUUUUCUCUCUCUGUUUCUCUCUCUCUGCCUUUUAAGGCUUGUGUUUAACCCACUGACUUUUGGAAGAAUGACAUUUAGUGGAUAAGUUGCUAUUUAUGUGGGCUCCACGGCUAGGAUUAUUUACAGUUCAUCUAAAAUACUCAUAAAGCACCAUUUAUUAAUCACCCUUUUGGACUUUCUAAGUACAACUUGUAUCAAAAAUAGCUUAAAAAUGUUAUGGGUUUGUUCAUGAUUCAGGAAUAUUGCCAUGUUGUUUUAAAAUACAGAUUGUCUUAAAGUAAAUUUGAUAAUAACUCUAUUGGGGGUACAUUAAGUAAUAUAUUUUUGAAUUAAUGGUAUACCAUUAUAAGAAUAAUAAAUGAAAGUCUAUUAUAUUAUUCUUUAAAUGUGCUGUUUAAAUAUAUUUCUAUGUUUUAAAAUAUAUUAAACAUGUGAUGCUAGUU